AGAAGCAGAAGACGUAAAUUGAGAGAAGAAGAAGGAGGAGGAGUCGGAAGUAGAAAGCCGCGGCAGCAGCAGCCUCGUUCAGUCUCUCAGCUGAAGAUGGCGGACACAGAAGCAUCGUCAGUGAAGAAGAAGAAGAAGACGAAGAAGAUCAGUGAAGAUGAAGUCGGGGAGAUCCAGCAGAGCGGGGACUUCCUGAUCCAGCCCGAGUCAAAGGUCGCGUCUUUGGACACGUCGCAGUGGCCUCUGUUACUGAAGAACUUUGAUAAACUGAACAUCCGGACCGCUCACUACACCCCCCUCCCCAACGGCUGCAACCCUCUGAAGAGGAACAUCCAGGACUAUGUCAGGUCGGGCUUCAUUAACCUGGACAAACCGGCGAACCCGUCGUCUCACGAGGUGGUGGCGUGGAUCAGGAGGAUCCUGCGCGUGGAGAAGACGGGUCACAGCGGGACGCUCGACCCGAAGGUCACGGGCUGUCUGAUCGUCUGCGUGGAUCGAGCCACGCGAUUGGUCAAGUCCCAGCAGAGCGCCGGUAAAGAGUAUGUGGGGAUCGUUCGGCUGCACAAUGCCAUAGAGAACGAGCACACGCUGGCUCGGGGUUUGGAGACGCUGACCGGCGCCCUGUUCCAGCGCCCGCCGCUGAUCGCCGCCGUGAAACGCCAGCUGAGAGUCAGAACGAUCUACGAGAGCAAGCUGAUCGAGUACGACCCCGAGCGGCGGCUUGGUAUCUUCUGGGUGAGCUGUGAAGCUGGAACCUACAUCCGGACUCUGUGUGUCCACCUGGGGCUGAUGCUCGGGGUCGGAGGUCAGAUGCAGGAACUCCGGAGAGUGCGGUCUGGCGUGCUGGGAGAGAAGGACCACAUGGUGACCAUGCACGACGUGCUGGACGCUCAGUGGCAGCUGGACCACAACAAAGACGAGACGUACCUGAGGAGAGUGAUCUUCCCUCUGGAGAAGCUGCUCGUCUCCCACAAACGCAUCGUGAUGAAGGACAGCGCGGUGAACGCCAUCUGUUACGGAGCAAAGAUCAUGCUGCCGGGCGUCCUCAGGUACGAGGACGGCAUCGAGAUGAACCAGGACAUCGUGGUCAUCACCACGAAGGGCGAGGCCAUCUGCACAGCUGUGGCUCUGAUGACCACGGCGGUCAUCUCCACCUGUGACCACGGCGUGGUGGCGAAGAUAAAGAGGGUGAUCAUGGAGAGGGACACGUAUCCCCGGAAGUGGGGUCUGGGACCAAAGGCGAGUCAGAAGAAGAUGAUGAUUCAGAAAGGACUCCUCGACAAGCACGGGAAACCAAACGGGAGCACGCCGGGAGACUGGAAGACCCAAUACGUAGACUACAGCGUCACCAAGGGGAAGGAGGAACCAGAAGAAUCUCCAGGAGACGCUUCAGCAAAGAGGAAGAGGGAGGUGACGGAGAGCGACGGCGAGGUGACGACGACACCCAACACGCCGUCUGCAGAGGAGAUAAAGAAAGAGAAGAAGAAGAAAAAGAAAGAGAAGAGGAUGAAGCUGGAGGAGGCGGAGGCGGACGAAGGGGCGGAGCCAGAGGAGGCAGAGGCGGAGCCUGAGACAGAGGUGGUCGACAGCGCCAAAAAGAAGAAGAAGAAGAAGAAACAGAAAGAGAGCGACGCAUCAGAGUGACAAUGGAUCUAUGAUCCGAGACAGACUCCGCCCACAGACGCACAUGUCUGAGCGCAAAGCAUUGUGGGAAUACUAUGACUAUGGACUGCAUGAACGCAGAAGAGAGAAGAGGACGGUUUUUGUUUUUUAUAUAAAUUUUAUUGUUUGUUUUUUUUCAGCUGUAAAUACCUCGACAGGAAACCUGUUUGUAAUUUCAAAAUAAAAGUCUUGUUUUCUGUAAUCCUCUUAA